UUAGCAGCAGCAGCUGCAGCAGCAGCAACAUGUAGUGUUACAUGUAAAACUAACUGCUCUGUGUUUGAAGCUUUCUUAAGAAAACACUAGGUCUCUGGCUAUACUGCAGAGAGGAGUUAUGAGGGGGCCAGACCAGACUGACUGCUGUUGCCUCAGGGAAGAAAUGAUGAGACCUGAGCUGAGGCCCGGCAGUGGCAUGGAGAGGAGGGAGGCCAGAAACACCAUUUGGGGGAGACUCCAGAGGCGACCGGGAAGGUGAGAAAUGACUGAAAACAGGCCAGAUGUCAGGGCCCCGUGAAAGCCCAGAAUGACCUCUCCCAAAAGCUGCAGAUCCUGAAAGUACAGAGAUGAUGGGCAGGAGAGUGUCCUGAACGACCCUUCCCAACACAAAGGGGAAUGUUGAAAAGAGGCCCUGUGAUGCCACCAACUCCCAGGUGGGUCUCCUGGGUCACCCACUAACUCCCUCUUUCUCCUCUCCUAGAGGACCGAGUGACCCAAUGAACACAGGAACCUCCAUGGGGUGACUUCGAGGGAGGUGCCAGAUGGGUCCCUGUGCCCUCCUUCCAGCCUCCAGGAAGUCGAGAUAAGCCCAAAGCAAGACAUUCACAGGCCAGGGAGGUCCCAAGUUCAGAAAAGACGCAAAGAGAUUUGAGAACUCACUCGGUCUGGGUUUUGGAGCCUCCACUGGUGCCAAGGGACACAGCCACCCACACGGUUCUGCCACGUGCCACCUGCUAACCUCGAAGAAGAUGGCCUACCCGUGGACCUUCACCUUCCUCUGUGGUUUGCUGGCAGCCAACCUGGUAGGAGCCACCUUAACCCCUCCUGCGGUUCUCAGUCUCAGCACAGAAGUCAUCAAGCAAAUGCUGGCACAGAAACUGAAGAAUCGCGACGUUACCAACACCCUGCAGCAGCUGCCACUGCUCACUGCCAUGGAGGAGGAGUCGUCCGGGGGCAUUACCAGCAGCCUGGUGAAAUCCAUCCUGCAGCAUAUCCUCUGGCUGAAAGUCACCUCAGCCAGCAUCCAUCAGCUGCAGGUGCAGCCCCUGGCCGAUGGCAGACAGCUGAUGGUCAAGGCCCCCUUGGACAUGGUGGCUGGAUUCAACACGCCCCUUUUCAAGACCCUUGUGGAGCUGCACGUGGAGGUGGAGGUCCAAGCCAUCAUCCACAUGGAGACAAGCGAGAAGGACCACGCCCGCCUGGUCCUCAGCGAGUGCUCCAACACCGGCGGGAGCCUGCGCAUCACCCUGCUGCACAAGCUCUCCUUCCUGCUCCAAUGCUUAGCUGACAAGGUCAUAAGCCUUCUGAUGCCAGCGCUCCCCAAACUGGUGAAAAGCGAGCUGUGUCCUGUGCUCAAGGCGGGCUUUGAGGAUAUGCGUGGGGAACUCUUGAACCUGACGAAGGUGCCCAUGCCUCUCAACUCUGAGCACCUGAAGCUUGAUUUUAUUUCUCCUGUCAUCGACCACGGUGUUGUCCAUCUCAUCCUGGGGGCCAGGUUGUUCAACUCGGAAGGAAAGGUGACUAAGCUGUUCAAUGAUGUUGGGGAUUCCCUGAAUCUGCCCACCCUGAACCAGACCCCCUUCAGGCUCACCGUGAGGAAGGAUGUGGUGGUCGCCAUCAUAGCUGCCUUGCUCCAUUCGGGAAAACUCACAGUCCUGUUGGACUCUGUGCUUCCUGAGGUAGCCCGCCAGCUGAAGUCAAGCAUCAAGGUGAUCGACGAAACGGCAGCAGAGCAGCUGGGGCCCACACAGAUGGUGAAGAUCCUGAGUCAGACGACCCCGACGCUCAUUCUGGACCAGGGCAAUGCCAAGGUGGUCCAACUGAUCGUGCUGGAAAUAUUCGCCACCGAUAAAGACAGCCGCCCCCUCUUCACCCUGGGCAUCGAAGCCUCCUCGGACGUUCAGUUUUACAUCGAAGAUUGCCUACUUGUGCUCAGCUUUAAUGAAAUCAGAGCUGAUCGGAUCCAUCUGAUGAACUCAGACAUCGGCCUGUUCAACCCUAAACUUCUGAACAACAUCACCACGGAGAUCCUCACCUCCAUCCUGCUGCCAAACGAGAAUGGCAAAUUAAGAUCUGGGAUCCCAGUGUCAAUGGUGAAAGACUUGGGAUUUAAGUCGGUUUCGUUGUCUCUGACCGAGGACGCCCUUGUGGUCACCGCAGCCUCCUCUUAGAACCUCAGCCCACUUUCCUCUCUCCCAGUGAAGACUUGCACUGCGGCCCUCCACGGAAUGCUGUGUCUCAGUGCGAGUGUGGGAGCCAGCGCUGCAGUCUGUCCCUCACUACAAUAAAUAAACUGUUUGUGAAUCCUGCAGUCC